UGUCAGUCAAAAUGAUCCGAUUUAUAUGGAUUUUAACAUCGCUUAUAAAUAGCUCUUGGGCUACGGACUAUACACUAGUCCUGGAAGACUCGGAUUUGUAUGCGGAAUGCACAGAAGGACCUCCUGGGUCGAUUGGUCUACGCGAAGCCUUCGACAUGAGCAAUAUAGUGACCGACCUGGAAGAAGAUGGUCUGCAUUUGUCGGGGAAUUGCACAACAGUCUGGGAUAUACCUCGCACCGAUCGAAUUGCUGCCAGGAUGAUGGUGAUGCAAUUUGAGCGAGGUACCUGGACACCAACAGUAUUCAGCCUGUAUGCAUAUGACUUUUGUGCCGUCAUGUUCGAUCCUAAUCAAUUAUGGUUUAAAUAUUGGUUCAAAUACUUUGCAAAUCGAGAGGAGAUCAAAGAAAAGUGUGUUGGAACGAAAGAUACCGUUAUGGUAUAUAAUCCAUUUAUAUUGAAACUUUAUUUGGAGAACGUCAUAGGAUCUACUUUCCGUGGCCUUUUCAAAGCGGUGGUUACCUUUGAACCAUUCGACGAGAAUAACAUAAAGCGACCUUUUUCCUUAUGUUUCGAGGUCAGGGGCACCGCUGAGAAGGUCGAUAAGGCCUUAUUCUAAGUCUCUAAACGAUGAGAUUUCAGUGGAUAUAAUU